AUGGACAAAAACCUUCCGGAAAAAGUUGUUGAGAGAAUGAAAGAACUCGCUUCUUCCUUAAAUAAGUGGAACCAUGAUUAUUGGGUGUUAAAUCAGCCUAGUGUCGAAGACACCGUUUACGAUAAGCAUUUAAAAGAAUUAGAAGAAUUAGAAAAAAAAUACAAUUUUAUUUUCCCGGGUUCACCCACUCAAAAAGUAGGUCAUUCAGUUAGCAAGAAAUUUCGACCGGUUGUCCGAAAAAUUCCCAUGCUAAGUUUAGAUAGCGUAGACAACUAUGAAGAUUUACUUAGAUUUGAUGAAAGAGUGAAAAAAAUACUAAAAAUUGAACAAGAAAUAGACUAUGUUGGCGAAUGA